AUGCUCGCUGAGCUCUGCAAGGAGACCGGCAUCUUCCCCAACCCCCACGACCCCGAGGGCCGCACCUUCAUCCGAUGCGAGCUGGAGCCCGUUGAGCUGCGAUGCGACGAUGGCUUCAUCUUUGACGCCGAGAAGCUGAUGUGCGUCGAGGAGCCGAAGCCCGAGCCGGUGCCCGUCGACAUGGACAAGGUCGACUGGAUGAAGGUGCUGAAGUGCCCCAGCUUCGAGGACAAGUACUACCGCAACCCGUACGACUGCCACCGAUUCUACCGCUGCUACCAGGAGGGUCACUUCCAGCGCAUCGGUCUUGGCCAGUGCGUCCCCAGCAUGAUCUUCGACGACGUCCUCGAGACCUGUCUGCCCGCUGAACAGUUCAAGUCAUACUACGGACAUGGCUGCGAAGCCCGCGCUCUGCCCGAUGAGUUCAAGCCUGAGCACGAACACAAGCCCGAGCCGAACCCAGACAAUCAUGAUGAUGAGCACAAGCACGAAGAGCCGAACCCAGAUAACCACGAUGAUGAGCACAAACAUGAAGAGCCGAACCCAGACAACCACGAUGAUGAGCACAAGCACGAAGAGCCGAACCCAGACAAUCAUGAUGAUGAGCACAAGCACGAAGAGCCAAACCCAGAUAACCACGAUGAUGAGCACAAGCACGAGGAGCCGAACCCAGACAAUCAUGAUGAUGAGCACAAGCACGAGGAGCCGAACCCAGACAAUCAUGAUGAUGAGCACAAGCACGAUGAGCCAAACCCAGACAAUCAUGAUGAUGAGCACAAGCACGAUGAGCCGAACCCAGACAACCACGAGGGUGAGCCGGAGCCAGAAAAGGUCCCCUCCCUUAAGGACAUUCUUAAGGAGAUCCAGGAUCUUUUCAACAAGAAGCACUAA